GCUGAGCGUACUUCACUGCAGUGCCCUACAGAAGCAGUAGCACUGCUUCAUCCUGCUUUCUCUGUCAGUCUGCUGCUGCUGCUCUCUCGGCUAUAGAGCACACACACGUACACGCACGCACACACACGCAUACACACACACACACGCACAUUCACACACUGUGGUCUUCCUGGGAUAGACACCGGCUACUCUCACCCUAUCUCUGCAUGACUGUCACAAAGGAGUCUAUCCUAAGGAACUCGGGGCACAAGGCAGGGGACACCACAGCACAAUCACAUACACACACACUGUGGACAAUUUGGAGAUACCAAUCAGCCUACAAUGCAUGUCUUUGAACUUUGCGAGGAAACCAGAGUACCCGGAUGAAACCUGCAAAGCACGGGGAGAACAUGCAAACUCCACGCUCAGAGGACGAAGGCGGGUAUCAAACCCCCAACCCUGGAGAUGUCAUGGCGUCCAACCUACCGAAGCUCCAAGUUUCGAAACGUCUAUGGCAAAGUUGCCAACAGGGAGCACUGCUUCGAAGGCAUAUCCAUCACCAAGAACGUCCAUGACAACCACUUCUGCGCUGUCAAUAGCAAGUUCUUGGCCAUAGUGACAGAGAGCGCCGGAGGAGGGGCCUUCAUCAUUAUCCCAGUCACUCAGACCGGCCGUAUCGACCCUCACCACCCAAAGGUCUGCGGUCACCAAGGCAACGUGUUGGAUAUCAAGUGGAACCCUUUCCAUGAGAACAUCAUUGCUUCCUGCUCAGAAGACUCUUCUGUGCGGAUAUGGGAGAUUCCAGACGGUGGCCUGAGAAGGAGCAUGACUGAAGCCAUAUUGGAGUUGUAUGGUCACAGUAGACGAGUGGGUCUUAUAGAAUGGCACCCGACCAGCAGCGGCAUCCUGUUUAGCGCAGGAUAUGACUACAAGAUCCUGAUAUGGAACCUGGAGAUUGGAGAACCGGUGAAGAUGAUUGAUUGCCACACAGAUGUGAUCCUCUGCAUGUCGUUCAACACUGAUGGAAGCCUGCUGGCCACCAGCUGCAAGGACAAGAAGCUGCGCCUCAUCGAACCCCGCUCAGGCCAGGUGCUACAGGAGGCGAGCUGCAAGAACCACAAAGUAAACCGUGUUGUGUUCCUGGGCAACAUGAAACGACUCCUAACAACGGGGGUGUCCCGCUGGAACACACGACAGAUUGCACUCUGGGAUCAGGAAGAUCUGUCCAUGCCAAUAAUAGAGGAGGAGAUAGACGGCCUCUCUGGGUUGCUCUUCCCUUUCUAUGAUGCAGACACACACAUGCUGUAUCUGGCAGGCAAGGGUGAUGGUAACAUUCGCUACUAUGAAGUGACUACAGAGAAGCCUUACAUGCAGUACCUCAUGGAGUUCAGGUCCCCUGCACCUCAGAAAGGACUCGGUAUUAUGCCGAAACAUGGCUUGGAUGUGGCAUCCUGUGAAGUCUUUAGGUUUUAUAAGCUGGUAACACUGAAAGGAUUGAUCGAGCCCAUCUCCAUGAUCGUGCCUAGAAGGUCAGAGACGUAUCAGGAAGACAUCUACCCCAUGACUCCAGGAACAGAACCUGCUCUUUCCGCUGAUGAGUGGCUGAGUGGUCUUAAUCGAGGGCCAGUGUUAAUGUCUCUCAAGGAGGGCUACAGCAGACCCAGCAAGCUGGUGUUCAAGGCUCCGGUGAAGGAGAAGAAGAGUGUGGUGGUGAAUGGGAUUGACCUGCUGGAAAAUGUGCCUCCCCGCACAGAGAAUGAGCUCUUGCGGAUGUUCUUCAGGCAGCAGGACGAGUUGCGGCGGCUGAAAGAUGAGCUAGCGCAGAAGGACAUUAAAAUACGACAACUCGAGCUGGAGCUGAACAACCUGAGAAACAGUCCGAAUAUCAACAGCAACAACAAUAACAAUAGCAGUGACAACAGCAUGUGACCAGGGUCAAGCCCUUGUAAAAUAACUCCCAAUACUGCUGAACAACUUCCAGGAUACCCCUCUCUUAUAUCCCACAAGGCCUAACCUUUGUCCCCACCAAGCAGUGUCUCUCUGAUCCUAACUGUUGAUGCCUUUAAUGCUGUCAGACUCUACUGGGGUGUAAGUCGACCCCUUUAUCACUAAAACCUCUCACACCUUAUGGCCUGUGUUUACUGCUGCUUUCCCAGCAGUAUCAGUAUAGCUAAGGCUCACGUUCACAAACAAACACAAAGAUUUGUGGAGGAAAAGUAGUUAAAAGGGACAAAAUGUUCUUUAAGAUUUCUUUCCUGCUAUUUAACUCUAUUAAUUGUAUUUUACUCAUACACUCUCUGUCUUUCACUUUUAUGCAUAUUUCUCCUUUGUUGUGGAUAUGUGGGCUGCCAAAUUUGCAGUAUUGGAUUGGAAUGGCUUUGACAAAUAUUUGAUACAAGCCAUUAACUGUAUUAUGUUUUUUGUGUGUUUUGUUUAUAAUUGUAAUUAUUUAUUUUGUUAUAUAUGUUUCCCCCCAUUUACGCAUUGUUUUAAAUAAUUAAGCUUAUCUUAUCUUUAACCAUGAAUGUAGAGACAGAGAUCAUUAGCUGUUCAACCAAAUAUGUCUUUUAGAAUUCAUUUAGCAUAUCUUGUCUUUUUUUUUUUUUUGUCUUACAAUCUUAAAGAUGCAAUAAGUAUGAUCUACAUGGGAAGGUAUUUUGGAUUAAAGAUGCAGUUUGUAAUGUGCAAUUUAAUUAGAUCUUUGCCAUACAAUUGGCCUUGCUAGUUUCUUCAUUUCGGACUGGUUUUUCCUUAAUAUUCCUUAAAAUGCAGGUCAUACAGAGUACAUAAUUUUAACAGAGGUUAGUUGUUAAUUACAAUUCAUCUUGCAGGCAGUAGAAGGAUCUAAAAAUUACAAACUGCUCCUUUAAUAUCUAACGAUUGCUGAUGCAUUGGCUGAGAAAAUCUCUCUUCUGAAGUGUUAAAGCUUCCAGGUUGCAACAAGCCAAAGCAGCUUUUAAUCACAUUCUAGUGAACCACAAAACAUUACUUAUUGUAUCUUUAAUGUACUUUGUUCAGAGGCUCGGACCUGAUUGUAUGCACAAUGCCAAGUUCAAUGAAAAUAGAGUUCAAUAGAAAGUUCAAUAGAAAGCAUUCACAACACAGUAUAACCAUAACUAAUACCUAAUGUAGUAACACCAUAUACUGUACACCUAGAAUUGAACCUAACAUGAGUGUGUUGUCACUAAAAUAACCUUCAGGAAGUGUGUUCAUGUUCUACUGCAAAUGAAAAGUUAAAAGGUACUAAGCUGUACCUUUCCUUGUCACUGGGGUGAUACAGUCACGGGUACACCUUUUGUACGUUAUAGUAUUUAUCUUUUAUCUAGAAAUGUGCAUCUAACGUAUCUUUAAUGCAUUACUAAAAGCUAAAAACUAAUUAUGGCCCAAUUGUGUACCUUAAAGAUACACUAUAUCCAUGUUUUCAAAUUAAAUGUAGCCUACAUAUUAAAUGAACAAAAGUUAAAGGGUAAAUGGUCUGCACUUAUAUAGCACUUUUAUCCAAAGCUACCAAGCUCAAACACCAAUGGUAACAGAGCGGCCAUGCAAGGCACUAACUUGCCAUCGCGAGCAACUUGGGGUUCAGUGUCUUGCCCAAGGACACUUUGGCAUGUGGAGUCAUAUGGGCCGGGAAUUGAACCACCAACCCUAUGAUUAAUGAACAAAAAGAUUUACCCUUGAGGGUACCACCCUAGCGACAAAGAAAAGUUACAGAUUAGUACUAUUUUUCAGAAAGUGUAACGAAACACAAUGAUGAUAAAAAAGCAGUACAUUUAUAUAGGUAUCGUUUGAUGCGAAGAAAUGUGAAAAUAGUGAGUGAAUAAUAAGUAAGAAUUGCCAAAUUCUUACAGUAGAGGCAACAGUAAGUGGAAGUAAAUGUGAGACUUUUAUUUUAGGAUUGCUUGUAGGGUAUACAGCAUACCAGCUGGAAGUGUUUAUUGUGCGUAGGUGGUUUAUAAUUGUACUUUUUAACCAAUCUGUCUGGGCUUCCUGUGAAAGGAUGAAGGGUGUCUCAUUCUUUCCUGCCCCUCUCAUCAUAAUUGAAUGAUUAAUGUAAAUCCCCCAAGAAUAUAAGCAGUAUAUAUAUACUGCAUGCAUGCAUGCAUAUAUAUAUAUAUAUAUAUAUAUAUAUAUAUAUAUAUAUAUAUAUAUAUAUAUAUAUAGGGGUUGCAUUGUUCUAAGGAGAGAGCAGGAAUCUUGCCAGACUGAUCCCAGAUCCAUGCAAGCCUCUCCUUUGUCACAUUUGAACUCACUGAUAGAAAUAUGAACAUAUUAUCUGAUGAUACAUCAUUUGGUGUGCUCAUCAGACAAUAUGUGAUUUGUGUACGAGUGAUUGAAAUGAGGCCUUACUUCAUUCAUAAUCAGAUCCACACCUGCAGCUUUAAACCCCUGGACUGGUCAGAGACACAGAAGGCAGGCUGUUUGACUAUGGACCACGUAGGAAACAUUUUUGCUCAUAAAAUAAUGUCUCAUAAAGUAAUCUCACCUCCUUUAAAGGCUUGAUUCAUUCCUGCUCCAUGCACAGUAAAUGGGAGAGCAUAUAAACACUCCCAUCCCGUCGAGUAUCUCAGCUCCAGACCUGGAGGCCCACUGUUCUAUUGAGUCUCGAGUUGUCCCUGCGCUAAACACACCUCAAACAGUGGGCCACCUAUUGAGAAAUGCUCUACUGAACAACUUUAGAAGCAUGCAUUAUUAUGGUUUAAACCAAAGCGCUGCUGAAUUCUCAAAUCGGAUUGGUCAGAAAAGCAGUGAUUAAUUUGCUGUAACAGCAGCUCUAACAGCUGUGCCGGCUGCAAGGCAAUUCACCGGGUUAUAUUAAUGUGCACAUUCUAAUACGCUAUAGUUUUUAUGUACAGUAACAGCUAAUUCAUUGGGGACUUGUAGAGUAGAUGCUCCAUAUAUUCUAAGUCAAAUAAUAAACAGAUUAAAAACUAUUAUUUAACAAAGAAUAAUGUAUAAUGCUUGAUAUGGUAAAGCUUUCUGUAAGAAGUGUAUUUAACAUUUAUGCAAGGAGUCUCCAGAGUCAGUACUUUUUCUGCCAGUCUUCAGGAUGGAGGACUUUGGUGCUUUCUGGUUUCUUGGAAACCUGACAAUCUGCAUUUUUUUUUAUGUCUCAUUAACUUAACAAGAGAGAGCAAAAGGAGAAGCUGGUGAGGGAACUGCUUAUGUCUGCUAAAACAGAAGAGAUAACCUGAGCUAACCGGUCUUGCUAAUGUUCCACAACAUUAAAUGUAUAAAAAAAAAAAAAAAAA